AUGCAGUUCACAACUCCCGCCUUGGCCAUCUUGGCCUCCAGUGGUAUCGUCGCCGCUGCCCCAGGUGGAUGGGGCCAGAAGGACAAUCAAGGAUGGGGUGGAAACUCAGGUGAUAAGGGCGGAUGGGGCAACGGCGGCGGAGGGGGGGGCGGAUGGGAUGGUAACAAUGGCUGGAACGGCCCUCCUGCCAGCACCACGUCUAACAGCGUCUGCUCAUACGGCUUCUCAUCCACCUGCAGCGCCGUCUACACCACCUCGGUAUCGACUGUAACCAAGCCAAUCACCACCACAUCUGUCUCUACGUCCUGGAUGCCCGUCGUUCACACUAUCACUUCUACGUACAUCAGCACCAUUGUCAGCUCGACAAGCAGCCUGAUUUCCAGCAAGUGCAGCACGACUUCUAGCUGUAUCACGUCGUCGACUUUGACGAAGCCGUCAACGUCGACAAAACCGUCCACAUCAACCACCCCUGGCUCUGCUACCACUCCGUCUCGACAGGAAGUCAUCAACAACCAGCUCCGUAACAAAGCCAACUACUUCCUCCAGUAG